AGUUUAAAGUCACUCAACACAUUCCGACACACAGCUUCCACGAUGGGUUUGUCGGCGGCUGCCCGCCGGGGUCUCCCCCGGCUCUCGGCGCUCUGCGCACGGCCCCGGACUCUGCAGACGGCCCGGCCCGGUCCGGAGCUGCGACCCAGAAGGAACCUGAACGUCCAGGCGACGAGCAGCGAGGCGGGGAAGCUGAAGAGCAUCGAUGACCUGCCCGGGCCCAGUUUAUCCACCACUCUGUACUGGAUAUUCGUCAAAGGAUAUGCGGACAAGAGCCACUUACUGCAGGAUGUACAGAGGAGGCUGUACGGGCCCAUCUGGCGCUCCAGGUUCGGCCCGUUCGACGUCGUCAACGUGGCGACUCCGGAGCUCAUAGCUCAGGUGAUCCAGCAGGAGGGCCGCUACCCGCGCCGAGCCGAUCUGUCCCACUGGCAGGAGUACCUGGAUCUGAGAGGACUGGCCUACGGGAUGCAUGUGAGCCCGGGACCCGAGUGGUACCGAAUCCGCAGCGCCCUGAACCCCAAGAUGCUGAAGCUGCAGGAAGUGCCGGCCUACGCCCCCAUCAUCAACCAGGUGGUGGGGGAUCUGCUGCAUCGCGUUGAGCUCCUCCGCAGUCGCAGCCAGGACCAGGCCACUGUUUCAGACAUGGCCGCUGAGCUCUACAAGUUUGGUUUUGAAGCUAUCUCCUCCAUCCUGUUUGAGACGCGGCUGGGCUGCCUGCAGGAGGAGAUUCCCAGAGACACGCUGCGCUUCAUCGCCGCCGUCAACACCAUGCUGACGACGUCAGACACCGUGCUCCUCCUGCCCCGCUGGAGCCGCGGCGUCCUGCCCUUCUGGAAGCGCUUCGUCCAGGCCUGGGACGAUCUCUAUGACGUAGCCCAGACCCUCAUCGACAGGAGGAUUGCUAAAAUGGACGCUCAGGUGUGCCGCGGCGAGCCGGUAGAGGGCAUGUUCCUGGCCUACCUGCUGUCCUCCGACACGCUGAGCAGAGCCGAGGUCAACAUCAGCAUCACCGAGCUGCUGCUGGGCGGCGUGGACACGACCUCCAACACCCUGUCGUGGGCCUUGUACCACUUAGCGAGGGACCGCAGGGCUCAGGACCGACUGUCCACAGAGGUGAACUCUGUGUGUCCGGACAGACGAGAGCCGACCACAGACGACCUGAGCAGGAUGACCUACCUGAAGGCCGUCAUAAAGGAGACGUUACGCCUUUAUCCCGUGGUGCCUGGAAAUGGACGCGUAUCCUCCGAGAAUGAGGUGGUUCUUGGCAACUACUGGUUCCCGAAGGGGACCCAGUUCCAUCUGUGUCAUUACUCAGCCUGUCAUGAUGAAGCAGAGUUUGUAGACGCAGAGCUCUUUGUGCCGGAGCGGUGGCUCCGUUCCGAGGCACCCGGCAGCGUCUGUGGCAGAGCGGCGCCCAACUUCUACCAGCAUCACCCGUACAGCUUCAUCCCCUUCGGUGUCGGGGUGCGAGCCUGCGUGGGGAGAAGGGUGGCGGAGAUGGAGAUGUACUUGACUCUGUCCAGGCUAAUGCAGCACUAUGAGGUCCAGCCUGAACCUGGUGCACCGGUCGUGGAGCCUAAAACUCGAACCCUGCUCAUCCCUGCCAAACCCAUCGCCCUGCGCUUCCUGUCCAGAGCCUGAUGAGGGCGCCGCCGAGGGUCAACGUGUUUAUGAUAACCAUUUCCACAGGCUGCAAACAAUUUAAUGUGUGCAACACAAAUUUGUCCCAACUCUUGGUUCUUUGCAUGAAGCGUGGUGAAGUUUGGACAUGUUUAAUCAGAGCUGCAAAUGUCUGCACAGAAACCACUCAGUAAGAGCUUAUUCACUUAGUUUAUUUAAGGGACCAAAUUAAAGGAAACUUCUGAAAUUACUCAACCUCGAUGUGGGAGGCUUGGGUCUUUCCCUGACUUAAAUCAUUCUCACCUGAGUCCAUGUGAAUAACACCCAUAUUUAUAACAAAUACUGGGCUUUUUAAAUGAGUGAUAUGUAGCCUAACUUGAGGACAGAUAUUGUGAAUGUGAUUUUUAUGAUAGCAGAGAAAUUGACUAACAGUUGAUUAACUGGAACCCCAAAAUAAAACCUAAAGAGAUCUGACUCAGCAUAACAUAGACACACACACACACUUUGCACAGACAUGUUUAUUAGUAUUGCUGACUUAAAGUGAUGGUUCGGAGUAAUUCACCCUAGGGUCCUUUGCACCAUGACCUCGAGCCAAACACCCC